AUGCAGUUCUAUAUUUAUAUUCUACAAUCAGCAACACCAAAAGAAUUGAAUUCUUAUGAUGCUGAAUUGAAUUCAACUGCUUGUUCAAAAGUUUGUACUGCAGAUGAGAAUUGUGAAGAAGCAUAUAAAUUUGAAGAAACAUUGAAUGAUAAAGAAAAGUUGCAACUCACCAUAGAAAACGAACAGUUAUUCAAUAAAUUGGCCCAAGUAGAUGGCAAUAUGCAACGAAUUGAAAAACAGAUGGCUGAUAUUCAACAGAAGGAUAUCGAUUUAAUCAAUGACGCAACUAUACGAGCUUCUGAAAAUGUAUUGGAGGGAAACAAACAAAUCCGCGAGGCUAUUCAGAAUAUUGCUUCUCGUAGAAUCAUCAUUUUGUUCUGUAUUAUUGUUCUUACUUUUACCUUGUUAUUUUUAGAUUGGUACAACCCAUAA